AAUGAAUGCAAGAUAUUCUUCAUAUAUGAUACACCCACACAAAGAUGUACAUUACGGAUGUGCAUAUGUAUCUGGGAGGAGGAGAUGGAGGGAGUGUGAUACGGGGUAAUUGACAACUGAAAGUUUGAACUCUCAUUCUUGGAUUCACUAAACGCAUUGAUGAAGGCUUUAAACAAGACAUGUUUUUUCUACUCGUUCAUUCAAAGCCUCAUUAGACUGAACCUAAACCUUGUUUAUUUUCGAUGCCGCCCCGUGUCUCGUAGCGUCAUAUCCAAGAUUCAUAACCUUCACGCCAAUUGUGAUAUUCCAUUUCCGUUACGUAUUACUUGGUAGAUUAUUCAGGUACUUUUAAGCAAUGUCUACAGUGGGACACCAUGUAAUUCUCUAGAGCGACAUCGAAUUGCAAUCUGAUGCAUCAAAAUGACAGAGAUUGUUUACUCUAUACAUACAGUGUGACAUUCCAUAGUCUACUAUAUCAACAUAUGAGAUAUGCAUUGAGAAACCUAUUGUCAAACACAUUUCUGAAUCCACUCUAGAAAUACAAGCACAAGGACCAUUAUUCUUUUAUUGCUGCAUUUACACGAAUGGCCAUCUCUCUCUUGAAGAAGGAUCGUGUGGCUUGGUCGUGACGGAGGUUCGUGACGUAACCAAACUGGUUCAAAGUGUGCUUUUGGGCUCUAGCGUUUUCCUUCUUUAUGGCUUUGGCAGUUUGACAACUGUCUGGUUUUCUUCCCCUAACCAACAGCAACAUUUGCAAGUCGCAACCCGUGCAUUGCACAAUUUGCAUAUUUGCAAAACAUCUCGACACUCAUCAACUGACACCCGCGCGACAACACACAUGGCAACACCAAACCCAUCCCUCCCCCCACCCGACGUACCUAUCCUCGCAACACUCGACACCUCCGACCGCCCCUUUGAAGACAUUAUCGCCGACACCGCAUCCCCUGUCAUAGAAUCCAUUCUAGAGGACCGCCCCAUCUUGCCCAUCCCACGCUCCGCAGACGGUGUGGUUGUCAUUGACGAGGGCCCACAUGUGCAAGAGACAAGUGUGAGAAAACGGCUUGUUGGCAAAGUCAAGACGGUUCUAAAAGAGAGGGUUCGAAAGCAGGCUCGUGCUGCAAAGGAUUUUGUAAAGUGCUUUACAGAACCGUAUAUACCACCCCCAUCCAAACGCGCCGCCAAAUCCCUCUCCAUCACAUCCAUGAAAGAUGCAGGAACAAGAUUUCAAUCCGCCAUAUCGCCCUAUAUCGACGUCUUGGAAUACACUGUCAAAUUAUCGAGAUGGGAAGAUCCGUGGAAAACGGGCGGAUACGCAGUGCUCUACUUUUGGGCUUGGUACGCUCGGUACCUCCCCUACAUGAUCCUCUUUGCACCCCUCGUAGGUCUCUUGUUCACCUACAUGGAUACCCACUCCCAUCCCAUCAUCCAAGGACACCGCACCACCCCGCAAACAGCUUCAACGCAAGUUGGCGUCACAUCCAGCCUCGCAUCCGCUGCGACAGAGAGCUUUCAUUAUGCUGUGCAUGGGGCGCCGGCGAGUGCGAGUGCUUGGUGGAAGGCACUCGGGGAUUUGUAUGGGACGGGGCGCGAAGGGUUGGGGCUGUUGGAGGAUACGAGUGUUGUGUUGGAAAAGGUUAAAAAUUUACUUGUAUGGCGCGUCCCAGAAAAAACAGCGCAAGCAGCUCUCUUUUAUACCGCUUUCAUCGCCAUCCUCCUCACCGUACCUUUCCCUACCCUCUUUUACUGCUCCCAAUUCAUUUUCGGGUGGUACUUUUUCGUCAUUUUAGCGCUCAAGCACCAUUUUCCACGCUACAGAGAUGAAUUUGACCCCAUCUCCAAUUUCUUUGAGAACAUACCUUCCGAUGCCGACUUGCGCGAAAAGGACGCUAUUGAAAACGAAAAGCCCACGCUUCCAUCUAUUCUCAACCUCCCCCCAACACCCGUCCUCGAUACUUUUACAUGCAUCCACACAAACCCCACCGCCAUCCUCUCCUCAACAUGGGGCACCAUGUACACAACGCCCACACACUUGGCCUUUGUACCUAAAUUCUCAGAGACAUGCGUGGUGAUCCCUGUGAUGGACGUACAAAGGAUACGUAGGAUCCGGAUUGAGAGUCUAUUACCGGGGAGUGGACGCGGGAUUGGGGUUGGAUUGGAGGGCGGUGUAGAGUAUGUGUUUACGAGCUUUCCGGAUCGGGAGGCGGUGUAUAGGCAUUUAUGUGAGAUUUGUUCGAUACCCCUUGAUGCACCUUUGAUACCCUCUUAUGUCGAAAAUGAUGGCGAAAAGGUACCGGAUGACACAACAAGCGUAUCAUCAUGCACAUCCUCGGCAACAGAUUUCACGGCAACUGGGUAUAGCGUCUCGGAUACACAACUCCCAACCCAUCCCCACAUCCACAUCACAUCCCCCAAAACGCACACAAACCCGCUGGGUAUCCCAACACAUACAACCUACCUUAUCAUGAUCCCCCAACUAAAUAUCUCCACGCGAAGACGAUACAAGGAAUUUGUCGCACUGCGUAAACAACUCCAACAUGCAAAAAAAUCCAACACUCAAGCACCAGCUUUGAAUGUAAUGAACGUGGCGGAAUUGCCAGAAAAGAAACUUUUUGGAAGAUUUGAUCCACAGACGAUACAGGAUCGUCAGAUUGCAUUGGAGAGGUUUUUGAAUGCGCUUGCUGUCAGGCCUGAAGUGUGGAGUUGUGAGCCUUUUAUAAAGUUUAUUAGGGGGGAAUAAGUUGUGGUGUUGGAUUGAAUAUUCACAUAUUGAAUAUACGAAUUCCCUUCCUGGAUAGCAUAAAAC